AUGAGAAUCGACACGCCGAAGCAAUCGACACAUCAAAGCAGUCGACACACCAAAGCAGUCACCGAAGCAGUCGACACGCCAAAGCAGUCGACACACCGAAGCAGUCGACACACCGAAGCAGUCGACACACCGAAGCAGACACACCAAAGCAGUCGACACACCGAAGCAGUCACCGAAGCAGUCGACACACCGAAGCAGUCACCGAAGCAGUCGACACGCCAAAGCAGUCGACACGCCGAAGCAGUCGACACACCAAAGCAGUCACCGAAGCAGUCGACACGCCAAAGCAGUCGACACGCCAAAGCAGUCGACACACCGAAGCAGUCAACACACCGAAGCAGUCGACACACCGAAGCAGUCACCGAAGCAGUCGACACACCGAAGCAGUCGACACACCGAAGCAGUCGACACACCAAAGCAGUCACCGAAGCAGUUGACACGCCAAAGCAGUCGACACACCGAAGCAGUCAACACACCAAAGCAGUCGACACACCGAAGCAGUCACCGAAGCAGUCGGCACACCGAAGCAGUCACCAAAGCAGUCAACACACCGAAGCAGUCGACACACCGAAGCAGUCACCGAAGCAGUCGACACACCGAAGCAGUCACCGAAGCAGUCGACACGCCGAAGCAGUCGACACGCCGAAGCAGUCACCGAAGCAGUCGACACGCCGAAGCAGUCGACACGCCGAAGCAGUCGACACGCCGAAGCAGUCGACACGCCGAAGCAGUCGACACGCCGAAGCAGUCGACACACUGAAGCAGUCGACACACCAAAGCAGUCGACACACCAAAGCAGUCGACACACCGAAGCAGUCGACACACCGAAGCAGUCACCGAAGCAGUCAACACACCGAAGCAGUCACCGAAGCAGUCGACACGCCGAAGCAGUCGACACGCCGAAGCAGUCGACACGCCGAAGCAGUCGACACGCCGAAGCAACUGAAGGACAAACUGCUUUAA